AUGAGCACUGCAUCAUCUCCAAAUGGCGUCACAUCAGGCACAAAUUUAAAUACUUCUGAUGCAAAUUCUAGUAACAUUGAAGGUGGUUAUAGUGUGGAUAUAUUACCGGGGAUGACUGAAUAUUGGAUUCCUAAUUGUGAAGAUGGGAUCAAACCUAAGAUUGGUAUGACAUUCAGUACUUUAGACGCUGUUGUAUCCUCCUACAAGAACUAUGCUGCUAAAGUUGGCUUUGAUAUAAGGUCUAGUUCUGUUAUGAAGUCUAAUGAUGAAGUGAUUCUGUCAAAGUACAUUCUUUGUAGUAGAGAAGGGUAUAAGAAUGUUAUCGGUAGUUCUACAUUGAAUGUAGAUGAAGCAUCAAGUUCUUCAACUACAAAGAGGAGAAGAGUCUCAAAUAGGACAGGUUGCAAAGCGAGAAUUGUGUUCAAAUUCAUAGGAAGUUUUGGUUAUGUUGUUAAAAAAUUUGAGAAAAGACAUAACCACUGUAUGUCAUCAAUCCUAGCAAAACAGUUUCUAAAGGUCAAUAGGAACAUUGAUGUGGGACAUCAAAAGUUUAUUGCAAAUUGUGCACGAGCAAAUAUUGGGCCAACAAAAUCAUUUAACUUGUACAAGGAGAUGGUCGGCGAUUUUUCCAAUAAAAAGGAGGUGUGUGAAGCAUUUUAUUUUGCAUAUGACAUUGAUGAAGAUGAGCACUUGUGCAAGCUUUUUUGGGCAGAUCCAAUUUCAAGAAAGAAUUUUGGUUGUUUUGGGGAUGUAGUAUGUUUUGAUGCAACAUAUCAAACUAACAGGUACGACAUGGUUUUUACAUCGUUCACUGGGAUUGAUAACCACAAGAAAAGCAUUACAUUUGCAACUGGAUUAUUAACAAAAGAAGACAUUGCUUCCUAUGUUUGGUUAUUUGAACACUUUAAGAAAGCAAUGGGUGCAGAGCCAAAAGUAGUUGUUACUGAUCAAGAUCCAGCAAUGAGACAAGCAAUUCCAGCAGUAUUUAAUGAAGUUAGGCAUCAUUUUUGGAUGUGGCACAUUAUGUGCAAGGUGGGUGAAAAGGUUGGUUCUAUGCUAAGUAAGAAUGAAAAUUUUAGGAAGAAAUUGAACUCUGUUGUGUGGAGCUCAUACUUAGAACCUCUUGAAUUCGAGAAUGAAUGGAGAUCAAUCAUGGAAGAGUUUGAUUUAGUCAAUAACAACUGGUUUGUACAAAUGUUUGAGUUGCGAAGAUUUUGGAUACCAGCCUAUUUCAGAGAUGUUCCUAUGGCUGGUUUAUUGAGGACUACAUCACGCUCGGAAGGUGAAAAUGGUGUUUUUAGUCGAUUUACUACCCCUCUCUCUAGUCUGGUCCAGUUUUAUAUGCAGUUUGAGCGUGCUUUGGACUCUCAAAGACACAAUCAUGCAAAACUUACAAGUGAUAGUGAGGGGAACAUCCCAGAAAUGAAGACACCUUUGCCCAUUGAAAAGCAUGCUUCAACUGUAUACACACUCUCUAUUUUCUGUGAUAUUCAGAAGGAAAUAUGCACAUCAUGUUUUAAUUGUCGAGUUUUGAGUGUUCGAGAAGAUGGUGACAUACUAUAUUAUGAGAUCAAAGAUGGCAGUGAUAGAAAGUUUACUGUGGAGCACAAUGUAACUGAAAAGAAAGCUAAAUAUGUGCUGAAUCGAUGGACUAAGGAUGCAUCCUUAAAGCCAAUCUUCCAUAUUGAUGGUCUCACAUUUGAUCAAGGUGCAGGAAUGGAUGAGAGGAAGGUGUUGUUAGCACAAUUGUGGGGUGAUAUGCAGUGUUGUAUUGGUCUAGCAGAAGAAGCAAAAAUGGAUAAAUUGGUUGAAUUUGCACGUGAUUAA